AUGAGUACUGGACUCAGCCAGGAGACGGCAGAAAUUGCCAAGGCCCACGUGCCUUCGGCCACUAUCCAAGGAACAGAGAAGGAGUUGCUCGCCGGACGCGGCUCCAUCGAUGUCUCCAAGAGCCAUCACCCACCAGGGUACGUCUCCUCGUCGUCGGAGGAGUACGAUGACAAGCCUACCGAGGAGGAGCUCCGCACCCUCCGCCGUGUGUCGGGUGACAUGAACUGGUCUGUCUUUACCAUUGCCUUUGCUGAGCUUUGCGAGCGUUUCUCCUACUACGGAUCGUCCGUACUCUACACCAACUUCGUGCAGAGGCCGCUCCCCGAGGGCUCUACAACUGGCGCCAGCCAUGGCACGACGGCUAGGAUUCCCGGUGCGCUGGGAAUGGGCCAGAAGGCUUCCCAGGGUAUCGUGCUCUUCAACCAGUUCUUUGCCUACCUCAUGCCUCUUGUUGGUGCCUGGAUCGCCGAUGCCAAACUUGGUCGAUACGUCACCGUCCACAUCGCCAUUGCCAUUUCCACGAUUGCCCACGUCAUCUUGACUGCGGCGUCCGCUCCCAGUGUUAUCACGAAGCCUCAUUCGGCUUUCGGCGCCUUCAUCAUCGGUCUUCUUACCCUUUGCGUUGGUACUGGCUUCUUCAAGGCCAACAUCUCGCCCAUGCUUGCUGAGCAAAACACCGAUACCCGGCUUCGCGUCGAGGUCCGCAAGGGAGAGCGUGUCAUUGUUGAUCCUGCCGUUACCAACUCCCGUAUCUUCCUCUACUUCUACUUCGCCAUCAAUGUCGGUUCUACCAUCGGCCAGAUUGCCAUGGUGUGGGUUGAAAAGUACGUCGGCUUCUGGCUGGCUUUCCUGCUCCCCACAAUCCUCUUCCUCGCCGCCCCCCUUGUGCUUUGGUCGCAGAAGAAGAAGUACAGGCUCACUCCCCCCACCGGAUCCGUCCUGUCCAAGUUCCUGCGCAUGUUCAUUUACGUCAUCGGGAAGUCUGGUUGGUUCAAGAAGUUGAACUGGAACGCUGCUCGCCCCUCCCAGGUCCCUCCCGCGGAGCGCCCUUCGUGGAUGACUUACGAUGACGCUUGGGUCGACGAAGUCCGACGUGGCCUCCUUGCCUGCAAGGUCUUCAUCUUCCUCCCCAUUUUCCAUCUUGCCUACAACCAGAUGACCGGUAACCUCACCUCUCAGGCCGCUACCAUGGAGCUCCACGGUGUGCCCAACGAUAUUAUCCAGAACCUUAACCCCAUCUCCAUUGUCAUCAUGGUCCCCAUUCUCGAUCGCUUGGUCUACCCCGGUCUCCGCAAGAUUGGCAUCCACCUUACCCCCAUCAAGCGCAUGACCAUCGGUUUCUUCUUCGGAGCCUUCUCUAUGGUUGCUGCCUGCGUCAUGCAGUACUACAUUUACCAGAAGUCUCCCUGCGGCGAUCACGCCAACGGUGAGGGAUGCGACCCCGCGCCCAUCAAUGUGUGGGCCCAGUGUCUCCCUUACAUCCUCAUCGGUAUCUCCGAGCUCUUCACCAACGUCACCAGCUACGAGUACGCCUUCUCCAAGGCCCCCGAGAACAUGAAGUCCCUCGUCAUGUCCGUCAACCUCUUCACCAGCGCCUUCGCCGCCGCCGUCGGUCAGGCCUUCACUCCCCUUUCCGAUGAUCCCCUUCUCAUAUGGAACUACGGUGUCAUUGCCGUCAUUGCCUUUGUCGGCGGUAUCGCGUUCUGGUUCUGCUUCCACCACUACGAUGAGCGUGAGGAUCAUCUCAACUCGCUCAAGAAGUCCAAAUACUUGGGCAAGAACGCCCCCAACGCUAUUGGUGCCGAGGCCGACGAUGCGGCGAACGACAAGGUGGCCGCUAAGGCUUAA